CCCUGCCCCUGCGGCCGGCGGCGGCCCAAGGUUUAAAGUGAGAACUUUCUGCAGGCGGGGCCGAUCCGCACAGCCCGCCGCCGCGCCUCUCCUGACCCGCAGCAGCAGCCGCCGCCGUAGCCUCCCCCGGGCGGGCCGUACAAUCCUCGGCAGUGUCCUGAGACUGUACGCCCGCUUUGGGGGCGACCCGGCCGAACCGGACUCGCGACCCCCUCCCGGUCGCCGCCGCCGCCCGUGGAGAGCCCGCGUCCCACGGGCAGGUGUUGAGCCCGCCCCAGCCCGAGAGACGGCGCAGGAACCGGCAGCCGCCACGAUGACAGCUGACAAGGAGAAGAAAAGGAGCAGUUCAGAACGGAGGAAGGAGAAAUCAAGAGAUGCAGCAAGAUGCAGGAGAAGCAAAGAAACCGAAGUUUUCUAUGAACUGGCACAUGAGCUGCCCCUGCCCCACAACAUCAGUUCCCACCUUGACAAGGCAUCCAUAAUGCGCCUGGCAAUCAGUUUCCUACGUACUCACAAGCUUCUGUCUUCAGUAUGUGCUGACAACGAGAAUGAACUCGAGGCAGACCAGCAGAUGGACAACUUGUACCUGAAAGCUUUGGAGGGAUUUAUUGCCGUGGUGACACAGGAUGGAGACAUGAUCUUUUUGUCAGAGAAUGUCAACAAAUACAUGGGUCUUACCCAGGUGGAAUUAACUGGACACAGCAUUUUUGACUUCACUCAUCCAUGUGACCAUGAAGAAAUUCGAGAGAAUCUGAGUCUGAAAAAUGGGCCCGGCUUUGGAAAGAAAAGCAAAGAGAUGUCAACUGAGCGUGACUUCUUCAUGAGGAUGAAAUGCACCGUUACCAACAGAGGCAGAACUGUUAAUCUGAAGUCUGCCACAUGGAAGGUCUUGCACUGCACUGGACAAGUUAAAGUGUAUAAUACUUGCCCUCCUCACACUCUGUGUGGGUAUAAAGAGCCUCUUCUCACCUGCCUUAUAAUAAUGUGUGAGCCUAUUCAGCAUCCUUCAAACAUCGAUAUCCCCCUGGACAGCAAGACCUUCCUGAGUCGCCAUAGCAUGGACAUGAAAUUUACCUACUGUGAUGACAGAAUAACAGAGUUGAUUGGAUACCAUCCAGAGGAGCUGCUGGGCCGUUCAGCAUACGAGUUCUACCAUGCCUUGGACUCAGAGAGUAUGACCAAGAGUCACCAGAACUUGUGUACAAAAGGUCAAGUAGUGACAGGCCAGUACCGAAUGCUUGCCAAGCAUGGUGGGUACGUAUGGCUGGAGACUCAAGGAACAGUGAUUUACAACACGCGCAACCUGCAGCCUCAGUGCAUCGUCUGCGUCAACUACGUGCUGAGUGAAAUUGAGAAGAACGAUGUUGUGUUCUCAAUGGACCAAACAGAGUCACUCUUCAAGCCUCACCUGAUGACGAUGAGCACUGCCUACAAGAGCGGCAUCCCCGGGACGGAGGAGAGCGACUUCUUGUUUACGAAGCUAAAGGAGGAACCAGAGGAACUUGCUCAGCUGGCACCAACACCUGGCGAUGCCAUUAUUUCCCUGGAUUUUGGGACACAGAAAUUUGAGGAAGCCCCUGCCUUCACCAGCACUGUUUUGACACCAAACAAAGCCUGGGCAGUGGAAGUGAAAAGCCAUGCUGCUCAAGGUGAAACACUGACAAUACCAUCCUUUACAAUGCCUCAGAUUGCACCUGGCAGCAGUACUCCAAGUGCAAGCAGCAACAGUAGCUGUUCCACGCAAAGUCUUAUUUCUGUACAGCCAAGCAGCCCAGGAGAUUAUUACAGUUCUGUGGAUGAAGAUUUUAAGAUUGAGGUGAUUGAAAAACUUUUUGCCAUGGACACAGAAUCAAAAACUCAGUGCACCUCCCAGACUGACUUCAAUGAACUGGACCUUGAAACCUUGGCUCCUUACAUUCCUAUGGAUGGAGAAGAUUUCCAGCUCAGCCCAAUCUGCCAAGAAGAACGUCCUCUCUCUGAAAGUGCACCAAGUACCCAGCAGAGUCUAAGUAGCAUGAGUACCAUCUUCCAACCCCUUCCAUCUGCUUCACAGAAUCAGUUCCUUCCAGAGAAAUAUUGUCCACAGCUAUCAAAUAAAACCAUUAGCCCUGAUCACGGGUCCCUGUCAUUGGUGUUCUUCAACAAUAUGAGCAGAUCAUCACUGCCACCAUACCAUGACCCAGCCACCACACCCCUGUCUUCGAGGGGAGGAAGACCAAACACUCAGUGGCCACCUGAUCCUCCAUUAGAAUAUGUUCCUGCUAAAUGGGGACUCAUGGAUAAAUACUCAGGAUCCCUAUCAAAUUCCUCCUCAGGGCCACCAGUACAUUCUGCAAGUGUGCCCAUAUACAAAAAAAGGCCCCUGGAUGGUUUUGGGCAACGAGGCAUAGAUGUGAACCCAGCCAGAAUUGCUCUGUCCAACAGUCUGAAACUGAAGCGGCAACUGGAUUAUGAAGAGCAAGCACUGCAACAGCUGAGUGGGGGAGAUCCAUCCGUCAUUAAUCCAUCUCACCUACUGUGGAAGAGAAUGAAAUUUCUCAAAGGGGAAAACUGUUCCUUAGUUACAGAAAAGAAGUCUCUCAGCACAAGCGUUCUUACUGAUGAAUUUGUCUGUAACCCGAGAGGUCUGAGCCAUCCAAUGAACCAACUGCAGCAGCAGCAGCCACAGCAGCAGCAGCAGCAACAACAGCAACUCACCUGUGGUAGUCCUGGUGAGAAUUUGAAAGCAGGAGCAUUUCCCUCUCCAUUUUACAGCUCCCAUUAUCAGGACUAUACUGUCCAGCCAGCUCAUAAAGCAUCAGGUGUGACCAGCUGUCUGCUGGGGCCCUCCUUUGAACCCUACUUGUUGCCAGAGUUGACAAGAUACGACUGUGAGGUGAAUGUCCCCGUCUUGGGCAGCUCCACGCUUCUGCAGGGCAGUGAACUGCUCAGAGCACUGGACCAGGCAACCUGAGAGCAAUCCUGCAACGUUCUGUGGCCUAUACUGUUCAAAACAGCUUCAGUUUUUAAGUAUAUUUUUGCAAGUAGACAAUUUCUAAUACCAAUACACUUUUACAGGAUUUUACUUAGAUAUUGAACCUGUCCGCGUUACCAAAUAGCGGCCUUUCAAAGUUACUCACUUUAUUAUUCAUAUUAAAGAAAUACAUCUACUGUAUUUUCUCUAUUGCAAUUAAAGUGUUGUUUAGAGAGUUUGAUUAUACCCCAUCCCCCACCACCUUAUUUCAUUGCUUGUAAUUUAUACUCUGAAAUUUUCUGCAAAUUUCAUGCUAAUAAAAAGCUGUGGUAUAAAUGCCUUGUCACAUGAUACUUUGGCUGCAGUACUGCAAAGAUUUCUUUUUAUUGCCAAAGAUGAAACAAAUUUGAUCUCCAACCACAGUUUUUUGUUGAUCUGCCAAAUUGAAAUCUUUUGAAUCUUUCUGUUUUCCAGCAUUUAUUGUAACUUACAUAAUUUUGGAAAAGCAUACUAAGAAAAAUUCCCAGUCUCCCCCUUUUCCCUUCAUUUUUUUUUAUACACUUUGUCGAAGAAAUGUGAAUGGUGAAUUUUGAUGUUUGUGGAUAUCUGUGAAAGCUGCACGUUGUAAGCUUUUUUCUCCUCAGAACCAAGCCACAUUCUCAGCUGCCUUAACCUGGCUUAGCCCUACAGCCAAGGGAGUCAUCCAGAUUUACCCCAGUGGAGGAAGACCUGUGUUUUCAUUUGUGUUGAGUUUUCUUGUUUUGUUCUUUGUUAUUUCCUUUUUUUUUUCUAAACACAAAAAAGGUCUUUUUUUUUAUGUCUCUGGGUCAGUUUUUAAUCACUUCUUGGUACUUUUGCUAUAUCUAGGACACAACAACUUUAAAGAGCUGUUUCUGCUAAAAGUAGUAGGAUUUGUUAUGGUGUUGCUGAUAUUUCAGGAAUCUGACCAGUGGCCAGUACUAACACCUCUGAUUAAUGUUAGCCUUUUCAUUUUACUUGCUAUCUAGCAAUAUAAUUGCAAUGUUGAAUCAUUAAAACAAAAAGUUAAAGUAGUAUUUCCCAGUGUAUUAAGGCUAACUCAGUUAUAACUAGAUAAAAAUAACUAGGGAUUGUGUGUGAGAUGGACAGCUGGCAAGCAGUUCUCUAUCAUUUUUACUUGCCUUACAUUAAUCAGUAGCUGAAAUGUCAUAAAAAGUAGCUAGAUUUUUUCAGAGGUCCUUCCCAACUAAGAUUAGUUGUCAUGCACAUAUUUUGGAAAAUAAGGCUUUAAAUGCUAUCUAAGGCAAAGGGACUUAAGAUUUUAAAUUACAAAAUAUUUAAGCAGCAAAAAUAUUAAAGUAAUAAAAGGCAAGUGAGCAGUUCUGACUUAAAAAUACAGACAGACUUAGAUAUAUGUUGGUAUAGAUCAUCUUGUUUCCUCCACUGGUAUAAAUCAUUGUAGCUUCAAUGAAAAAAAUGGAACAGUGGCAAUGUAUAAAAGGUGAAAAUCUGGCCCAGAAACUUAGAACAAAGAUGUAUUUUUUUAAAAAACUUCUAAUUCUGCUGAAACUUGUUUUUUAAAAUUGCUUUAUAUCAUGCACUGACACUUGCAGAGAGGGAGCCUUGGGUUCAUUGAGCACUUCAAAGUUUGCUCUGUUAAGUGAGUCUUAACUACACAUACUUAAAAAAGCUGAGGAUAUUUUGUUAUUGGUAUAUAAUGUAGAAAAUUAUGAUAGUGCUCAUUGUAAGAAAUCUGCUAUUUCAAGAGUUUAUUUCCAAUAGUUUAGUUGUAAAGUGUAGUUAUUACCAUGUGGGAAAAAAAGUAAAUUGGAAGCAUCAAAAUUGGAUGAAAAUUAGGAAUCCAGCUUUGUCAAGUUUGCAGUGGCAAGGACUUAAAGGCUUCAAGGAUUAAAGACACUUGAAUACUGCUCUUCUGUUUCUUAUUUGUGUAGUUUCAGCAUUAAAAAAUAUUAUACCCUAACAGUUUACUAAAACACUCUGAAAAAAUAUUCCAUGUCUUAAUAUUAAUCAUACUUUUUAUCAUAAUUAUUUCAUAAUCUAUAUUGCUGAAUUCUUGUUGACAAUAUUAUAACUGUAUGGGAACUUUAACUUGAUAAGGAAAUGUAUUUUGACACUGAUACCUUAUUAAAGUAUACUGAUCCUAAAUUCUUUGUGACUCGUUUGCUAUGAAUUUGUUAUUUGUUGUACCAUUGUAAAACAAAAGUAUUUAUUAAAUUAUUU